AUGCUGCUCAAAGCAGCUCGGGCACCUUGUUGGCGCCCGGCAGCGCGGUUCGCUCAUCCGAGCUUCGCCGGUCCGUCACCAUGGACAAGGUACAAUAAGACACAACUACGACCUUACCGCAGCAAAGAACAAUCCCAUCCCGACCCCCGCCCCCCAGCCUCGCAAUUGAUCGAUGUCAAAGCGAUUGAGAAGCCGGAUGGCACAGUGAAGGCCGUGGCCAAGAAAGACCUGCUGAGCGAGUCGACAAAGGCCACCAAGGAACAACGAAAGGCGGACUGGGCGAUCUUGCGUGAAAUGACCAAGUACCUCUGGCCGAAGGAUGAUUGGGGCACGAAACUUCGUGUGGGAACAGCAUUAUCACUGCUCAUAGGAGCCAAGGUUCUCAACGUGGAAGUUCCUUUCUAUUUCAAGAGUAUCGUGGAUUCCAUGAAUGUGGACUUUGCUGCCGUUGGUGGAACUGCCUACACUGUUGCAGGCUCUAUGAUCAUUGCUUAUGGCGUAACUCGAAUUAGUGCAACUAUCUUUCAGGAACUUCGCAACGCAGUCUUUGCGAGCGUUGCCCAAAAAGCCAUUCGAAAGGUCGCCGGGAAUGUCUUCGAUCACUUAUUGCGAUUGGACCUUGGCUUUCACCUCUCGCGUCAGACUGGUGGUUUGACUCGGGCGAUUGAUCGCGGAACCAAGGGUAUUAGCUUCUUGCUGACCUCAAUGGUCUUCCAUGUCGUCCCCACAGCGCUUGAAAUAUCGCUCGUGUGUGGUAUUCUGACGUACCAAUAUGGUGCCAAGUUUGCGGCUAUCACGGUCACAACUAUGCUUGCAUACACGGCCUUCACAAUCACCACAACUGCCUGGCGAACCAAAUUCCGACGUCAGGCUAACGCAGCUGACAACCGUGGAGCAACCGUUGCCGUUGACUCGCUCAUCAACUAUGAAGCUGUGAAGUACUUCAAUAAUGAGAGAUUCGAAGUUGCUCGAUACGACAAGGCCUUGAAAAACUACGAAGAUGCAUCGAUCAAGGUGACAACCUCUCUGGCCUUCCUCAACUCAGGUCAAAACAUGAUCUUCUCCAGUGCGCUGGCCGGUAUGAUGUACCUUGCCGCUGAUGGAGUCGCGACUGGUGCUCUGACGGUCGGUGAUCUGGUUAUGGUCAACCAGCUCGUCUUCCAGUUGUCUGUGCCCCUUAACUUCCUAGGAUCUGUCUACCGUGAACUGCGCCAGUCUCUGCUGGACAUGGAGACGCUGUUCAACCUACAAAAGGUCAAUGUGACAAUCCAGGAGAAGCCCGACGCAAAGCCCCUGACAUUGAAGCGCGGCGGCGAGAUCCGCUUCGAGAACGUCACUUUCGGCUACCACCCCGAUCGCCCGAUUCUCAAAAAUGCCAGUUUUACGAUUCCAGCUGGAGCAAAGUUCGCGAUUGUUGGGCCCAGUGGCUGUGGCAAGUCGACAAUCCUGCGACUGUUAUUCCGUUUUUAUGACACUCAAUCGGGGCGAAUCCUGAUUGACGGACAGGAUAUUCGCGAUGUGUCGCUUGACAGCCUCCGGAAGGCGAUCGGUGUGGUGCCCCAAGAUACCCCGUUGUUUAAUGACACCAUUGCGCACAAUAUUCGAUAUGGACGGAUCGAUGCUUCGGACGCGGAGGUCCGGCAGGCGGCGGAGCGUGCGCGCAUCCACCAGUUGAUUGAGCGAUUGCCGGACGGGUAUCAGACCGCGGUAGGAGAACGCGGGAUGAUGAUCUCGGGCGGAGAGAAACAACGAUUAGCGAUUUCACGAUUGCUGCUCAAGGAUCCCCAACUACUAUUCUUCGAUGAAGCGACUUCGGCCCUGGACACUUAUACCGAGCAGGCUCUGCUGCAGAAUAUCAACAGUAUUCUGCGCGAGAAGAAACGGACGAGCGUGUUUGUUGCGCACCGGCUACGCACGAUCUAUGACAGUGACCAGAUUCUGGUGCUUAAGGACGGAGAAGUGGUGGAGGUGGGAUCGCACCGCGAGCUUCUCGAGCUCGAUGGCGUGUAUUCGGAACUGUGGAACGGUACGCUCAGACCCUCUCUUUAUUAA